AUGGGGGUGGACUACUUCGGUCCCAUGCUCGUCACUGUUGGACGUCGUACCGAAAAGCGCUGGGGAGUCCUGGCAACUUGCCUUACAAUACGCGCAAUCCAUCUGGAACUAGCCCACACACUGACAACCGAUUCUUGCAUCUUGGCGCUACGUAACAUCAUGGCCAGACGAGGAACUCCCGCUAUUAUCUUCAGCGAUCGCGGCACCAAUUUUCAAGGUGCAAGCAAAGAACUGAAAGAUAUCAUGCAGAACAUCGACCAGGAACGGCUCAUGGAAGAGUUCACCACGCCCAACACCGAGUGGAGCUUCAUACCACCAGCCUCUCCGCACAUGGGCGGGGCGUGGGAACGCCUCAUACGGAGCGUGAAGUCCAACCUACGCAAACUGCAGUGGAGAAGACUGCCUACAGACGAGGUGCUGAACAGCACCCUAAUUGAAAUCGAGAGCGUAGUCAAUUCAAGACCACUGACCGAGAUCCCAAUAGAAGACGAUGAAUCGCCAGUGCUGACACCCAACCACUUUCUUUUGGGAACGUCAAACGGACUGAAACCAUGGGUGCCAUACAGUGAUAGCCCGUCACUGCUUCGCAACAGCUUCAAACAGUCGCAGAUUAUGGCCAACGAGUUCUGGAGGAUGUGGUUGAGAGACUACUUGCCCGUGAUCACACGCCGCGCUAAGUGGUUCACCAAGGAAGAACCAAUUCAAGUCAACGAUGUCGUAGUCAUUGUAGACCCGAAGGCUCCUCGUAACAGUUGGCCACUAGGACGGGUCAUCGCGACCAGACCAAGUUCGGACGGCCAAUCAUACGCAGCAAUCCUCAAGAAAGCCCAAGAGGAUCCGGAGUUGAAGGAACUGGGUGAGAACGUGGUGAGAACCAAGCGCACUCUGCAAGGAGAUAUGCUCUUUGAGCUGAAGAAGGACCCGGCGAUUAAAAGUUCUGCCUACCAAGAGCAAUUUGCCAAGUCAUUGGGCGACCUCAUCAGGGAUGGCGGGAACGUGGAAGCUUUAUGCAACGAUCGAAUGCCGAUACCUGGAGGAGAUCACAACAGUGGAGGAGCUUGGUCAUGA